AUCGACAUCUUCAACGUCGAUAUGAACGAUGCGGAUAUUGCUGGCGCUCACGGAGUCUGCUGUCAGUGCUACGGCUACGCGCCAAGUAAUGACACUGGUGGGUGUGGUAGAAUUGCCCGUGGCGACAAGUACUGCUGCGGGGGCGAGACUGCGAUGUAUGAUACAUGCAUGACCACGUUCUCUGAGUGGGCCGAGGAUUCUCGUAAGCAGCUUGCAGCCAAGGCCAAGGCGUCCACCGCGACCUGGAAGAUCGUGAAUAGUCACUACUCUCCUGUCCAGCACUACAAGGUGGACGGCAUGAACCGCUGGUUCGACGCGCUUCGUGGCUCGGGCAUUCACGCCUUCAUCUACGGUCACACGCACGGCGAGAAGCACGACUACUCGGCGUCGCUCAAGAUGCACUUCGUAGAGAACGGAGCUGGCGGCGGCAUGAAGAAGGAGUUCGCGAGCACGAUCCCAGAUGUUGCUGCCAAGUACGUGAAGAAGAUGUGGGCCUACACUGGCGACGAGUACGGAUUCAUGUCGGUAUCCAAGAAGUGGCUCAAGCUGCAGUACCACACGGCGGACAACAAGUGGAACUUCACCGAAAACAGCACGGACCUAACGGUCGGUGGAGACUCAACAGUGCACUGCUGGUACAUCCCUGUCGACGGCGCGGAAGGCAAGGCAUGCUAA